ACUAGUCAGUGUCCUUUGGACAUCCAAGGGAAUCUGGGCUUUCCUUUUCUCAGUUUCCCUCACCCGGUCUGCUAAAAACGUCGAAUAUGUUCGGGCAAGAUCGCGAGAGUGUACGGACAUAACCGAAAGCGAAAAAACUAUGGUUUUAAGGGUACUUUAAUAAAAAACAAUAUUGGUGGCCACCCAAAAGUGAUCUUUACAUUUAAGGCUUUUAACUAGUCUGACUUAUGUGCUUCUAUUUUCUUCCAGAUUGAAUAACUUCAAGGAAUAGCGAAAAGGGAGGUUAUAGUUAACCAAAAUACUGAGAUAGUGUUAAAACAGAUAAUUUGUAGUGUACCGUAGUGUUGUUAAUCUUAUUAUUAAGGAUCAACCUUAGUUUAUUUAAGAAAUCAGCUCAGCUAAUGGAAGUCGCACAAAGCAGCGCCGCAAUCGCGCCCUAAUAGUUUUAAAAGUGCAUCACUGGUUAAAUUUUAAAGAAAAACUUUUGAAAAAUUAUGUUUCCAACUUAAGGAUAAAAUGGGUAUCGGGGGGUGUCGUAGCAUAAUGCUAGUGCUGGGGGUGCUAAUCGGAGUGGGUGGCGAGAACAGUUUUAUGAAAAACGCCAAAAUUAGUACCAGGAUCGUGCAAACGAGGUAUGGGCGAUUGCAGGGGCUGUUGGUGCCAAUGGAUCAGCAUAGAUACCUGAAACCUGUAGAAGUAUUUUUGGGUGUUCCUUAUGCCACCCCACCGGUCCAAUCUAACCGCUUCAGCCCCACUAGGACACCCUCACCCUGGGACGGAGUAAGAGUGGCAGAUAAAAUGGGUCCAGUAUGUCCUCAGAAAUUGCCUAAUAUCUCUAAUGAAACCGCAGCCCUAGAAAAAAUGCCCAAAGGAAGGUUGGAGUACCUUAAGAGGUUACUGCCUCUUUUAAAGAAUCAAAGUGAGGAUUGCUUGUAUUUGAACGUUUUCUCUCCGGCGCAAGUUUCAGGAGACGUGAAACAUCCUGUGCUGGUGUACAUUCAUGGCGAAUCAUUUGAAUGGAAUUCAGGAAACCCUUACGAUGGUAGCGUGUUAGCUUCGUACGCGGACCUCGUUAUCAUAACGUUAAAUUAUAGAUUAGGGAUACUCGGUUUCCUAAAUGCGAACCCCGCACCCCAUCUGAAAGCACGAGUAGCCAACUAUGGCCUUAUGGACCAAAUAGCCGCCCUACACUGGAUACAACAAAACAUCGCUCUCUUUGGUGGUGACCCCAAUAACGUGACCCUCGCGGGUCAUGGAUCAGGAGCGGCUUGCAUUAAUUUUCUUAUGAUCUCACCCACUGUGAUGCCUGGAUUGUUUCAUCGAGCCUUAUUACUGUCUGGAUCGGCUCUUAGUUCUUGGGCUUUGGUCGAAGAUCCGGUGAAUUAUGCGGUGAAGUUGGCAAAAGAGGUAAAUUGUACGAUUCCUGAUGACGUGGGCAAAGACCACGAGCAGAUCGUCGACUGUCUUCGGGAAACUUCGUUGACUGAUCUACUUGAAGCUGACGUCACCCCACCUGCGUAUUUAAGUGCUUUUGGACCAAGUGUUGAUGGCGUAGUAAUCAAAACUGACUUUGCCAAAGAACUAGUUACCUACUUCAAACCUCAAGACCUCCAGAGCUUCGUAGGACCAGUUAACGCGAACCUCAAACGCUCCGAAGCCACCCUAAUGCCGCGAGGUUCCAACCCCUAUGAUCUCCUUUUUGGAGUAGUCACUUCAGAAGCCCUUUGGCGAUUUUCUUCCAACGAUAUCCAAGCAGGAUUUGAAGGGGAACGACGAGAUAAAAUUAUAAGGACUUACGUGAGAAAUGCGUAUACUUACCACUUAAGUGAAAUAUUUUUUACUGUGGUCAACGAGUAUACCGAUUGGGAAAGAACUGUGCAGCAUCCAAUAAAUACGCGGGACGCAUGUGUUUCGGCCUUAAGUGAUGCGCAGUUUGUUGCGCCAUUGGUGCAAACUGGUGACUUAUUGAGUGCUAAACCACCACAACCUGGAGAAGAAUCCAAAGAGGGACCCAAAACUUUUUUUUAUGUGUUCGAUUAUCAAACUAAAGAGGGCGAUUAUCCUCAGAGAAUGGGAACCGUUCAUGGAGAAGAGCUACCCUACAUGUUUGGAGCUCCACUUGUCGACGGUUUCAGCCACUUCCCAAGAAACUACACCAGAUCUGAACUAUUGCUUUCGGAGUCAUUUAUCAUAUUUAUCGCUAAUUUUGCUAGAACUGGAAACCCCAACGAGCAUCACAAACAGGAUUCAGUAUUGGCAGCAUCCAGAGAAAGAAAUCGAUUUCGAUCGAUUCAGUGGGAUGAGUAUGACUCAGUCCAUCAAAAAUAUUUAGAAAUUGGUAUGAAACCACGCAUGAAAAACCACUUUCGCGCUCACCAGCUCAGCGUUUGGCUCCGCUUAAUUCCAGAACUUCAUAGAGCCGGUAUGGAAGACGUGGUGGCACGCCACAAUCUUUUCCGUAACCACAACAAUGCUGACUUGUACGACGGAGCUGUCCGACCAGAUCCACUAUCUCGAGUCAGCUACUAUGACCCAACAGUGGAGCUAGUCCGCAAAAAACCAAAUGCUACCAUGGUCAGCGCUGUGGAGGCAGCAACCACAGUGGAUACCAUCGUCACCACUUGCGUCAAUGUGAUUUCACCUGGCAACUAUAAUCCGCAAGUGUAUCAAAGUGGGAUGAAUCAGUCUGAUACUUUGGCUACCCUGGAAGCAGCUGGUUAUGCGGCUUAUUCGACUGCCUUAAGUGUCACAAUCGCUAUAGGGUGUAGUUUGUUGAUUUUGAAUGUGUUGAUUUUUGCUGGGGUCUAUUAUCAGCGCGAUAAAACUAGAAUGGAGGUGAAAAGUUUGCAGCAGCAACAAAAUCGGAACCAACAGACUUUUGAGACGAUUUCUAAGCACCAGCACUACCAUUUAGGACACAGUCAAAGCUCUAACAUUAUUGUUGAUGUAGAGCAAGAUACUUCAGCCAUGAUUAUUGCUCAGCAGCAAGACUAUCAUGCCAUGAAUAAAGUGCAACAGCAUUUUUGCCCCACGAGCAUCUCAAACUCGAUCAAGAACCAAAAUAAUUGCAUGACCUUGCCUAAGAAUACCAGCAUGCAAAACUAUAACUAUCAGAACCAGUGCAGUAUGACUCUACCAAAGAAUUCCACGUUGAUGAAUAACACCGCGUGUGUGAUAGCCGAGAUUAAGCAGCAGCAGACUUUCGGACCUCCUAACGGGAAUGUUCCCAAGCCUCCUCCACCUCCUAGAGCAAAAAGCCCCGAGGCACAGCCUUUAUUAAGUGGGGGGCUUAAUACUGUAGGAAAUAAAUGUACUAGCAGUAAUAUGAGGCUGCCUCAGGCCGCUAUGAGUGAGAUGAGGGUGUGAUUGGCGGUGGAGUUUGGAUAGACUGAGGACUCCUUAGUUUAGGGAUGAGGCUGAAGAUUUUGUUGUUUAGACUAUUUUGAAAAAUGGAGAGUGUUAUAACAUAAGUAAUGAAAUAUUUACGGCCUUAUCCAUUUAGAUGUUUUAUUUUAGGUUUUUAAAUUUAAAGGCACGGUAUUUGCGAUAAAAUCAUAAUUUUGGUUUAAGUGGAUUUUUUCGCGGAUAGUUUUUUGUCCGAUUACGAAAAACUAUACAGUUGUUGGGCUUUGGUUAUAAAGGAUGAUCACUGUAACUUUAAAGUCUGAUUUGAAGCUUUAAAAGCAUGUAUUUUUUGUUUCUUAAUACGAUAAAAUAAUAACUGAGGAUCAAAGAAAAAGUGAAAGUAAAAUUUAAAAAAAAAUUAGAAACUAUCGAUAAAGGAAAAUCGCUUUUAUAUUUUUUAAUUUAACACUUUAAAAUAUUAGGACAAAUAAUUUUUCUUUGUGUUUCUAAAUAAAAUUUGCAGAAACUCUAGAGACGACUUGAUUUUUUAGUAUCAAAAAGAGGCUUAUA